AUGGAUGUUACUUUUAUUAUUAUUGAGGACGAGAGCGUGAUGGUGAAGUGUAACCUGGACAAACAGCUGCAUCAUGCUGCUAACAGACAGCAUGCUAACACCAUGUUUGCUCUGUGCUCAGACCUGAAUACAGUCAGCCUUCCUCCCAACAAAGUGACCCCAGAGGGCCUGGUCUUCGUCCUUCAGUGGGUCCUCGCAGCUCUCAUCUGCUACUGGCUGAUCUCUCUUGCCUUCCGAUUGGUUGCCUCCACUCUGAUGUGCGCCCUGUGGUUUCUGAAAGUCGGAGUCGCUUUGACCUGUUUUGUGCUCAUCCUGAGCGACUACGGCGUGGGCACGGAGGUGAUGGCCGUCCGGCUGGCUGUCCUGCUGUGUGUCUGCGUGCUGCUGGACGUCGGGACUCGGGGAAGUUCCAGCGCGGCGAAUCAAACCGCUCGCCUCGAGGAGCAGGUGAAGAUCCUGGAGAGACGGCUGAGGGAGAUGGAGCGGUGGACGAGGACAGAAGACUGACGGAGAUCUGCUGACAUCCAAGUCAAACGACAGUCGCUCGAGGAUCUCUGCGUCUCUGUUCUUCAAAUUCACAGGAAGCACAAACAGAUCGAACUCGUCGACGAGUUGAAUGGAUGCAGCUCCUCUGUGUGCUCCUGUCAGGUCACAGCGACGUCACAAAGAGCUUCACAGGUUUUCGUCGCUGCACUUCAGCUGCAGUGAAUCAGCAGGAGUUGCAGGACAAACUGACACAUCGAUCAGGUGAUGAACUGCUGAUCUCAGGCCUGUUUUCAGUCAUUUCACUAAUAAACAACUUUUCAAAAACACGCGCUCCUUUUUCUUUUCACCGAGUAAAAAAACAGGUUUGAGCAUGGCGUCGCGUCACCGUCUCUCGCUCAGUGGAAGUAGGGCCUUGGUCCUGGUUGGACUGCUGCAUGUCUACUUGAACUUUAACUAUGUUUAAAAAAGGGGAUGUUGAACCUGCAGCUUUAACAAAGAAACAGAUGAAGGUGAUAAACGGUGCUGGACUGAUGCAGAUGUAAGGUCUGCUGCUGAGUCUCCCAGGCUCAAAUCCAAGCUGUGGAGGUGGUGCAGGUAGCGUGGACAGGACGUCUGAUCUGCUGCAGGACUACAGUCUGUCAUUUGUGUUCAUCUUUUAAUCAGUGUAGGCUCUUCUGACUCAUUUGCACAGGAGCAGAUGGGACCUGCACUUCUUGACUGUCUCAGUUUUUCCUCCACGUCACAAAUGCUCCACAGUUCUUGUGAUGGGAAGAAGUAAAUAAUCAGUAAACAGCUCCAGUUGUUUUGUAGCUUCAACACAAACGUGGAAAUGUUGUAAUCAAAGCACCAAACUAUGAUAAAUGCUGCAGGACAGGUGUGGCUCAGUCACACUGCCGUCUUUGACAUGAGAAUAAACUCGUUGGUUACAGACGUGGGACAAACGGCUUAAAUAAGCAGACUCAGAUAUAUUUUGGGUCCAAGCCAGGAGCACCCCCAAAAAUGGGCUAAAAUCAACCCCAAAGAUGUCUUACUUUUUUGACAAUAUUUGCUGUUUGUGUGAAA